GGGGCGGGGAAGGGGAGGGAAUCCUCGGCCUCGGUGGCGGUCGUGGACACGUCGAGCCGGGCAGAAGUGGAGGGGCCAGUCGAGGAGUCGCGAGGGGGUGACGAGUUAAGAUUCGCAGAGACAAGUGCUAGUGGCUGGACUCGACUUGGAAAGUAUGAGGAGGAAGAUGAUGGUGAGACUUCCCCAGGCUUUGAACUGCAGGACUGAGUGAGUGCAACAACAAGAACAACAAAAAAAAAGCCACUGUCUUCCUAAAUUCGUUUAUCUUCAGAUUGGUAAUAUUGGACUAGGAAUCAGGAAAUCUGAAUUCCUGUCCCAGCCCUUCUAACUCACUCUGAGUUUGGGCCAGGCUCCCUAAACACUGUAAAAGGAGUGGAUUAGACCCAGACUUCUACUGAGUAAGAGCUGGAGAUACAAAGACUUCACUCAAGUCACCUGCAUUGUGGUCUUAAAGAUUUUUCUAGUGCUCUUCAGUAUGAUACUAAUCAAGCUCAUUUGCAAAAAUCUUCUGCUGACUCUCAACUUUUCCUGGAAAAAAUGGAUCAUUCCCACCAUAUGGAGAUGAGCUAUACAGACCCCAACAGCACCAUGCCACCUUCUCACCAUCACCCAACCACUUCAGCCUCACACUCCCAUGGUGGAGGAGACAGCAACAUGAUGAUGAUGAUGAUGCCUAUGACCUUCUACUUUGGCUUUGAGAAUGUGCAGCUACUGUUUUCUGGCUUGGUGAUCAAUACAGCUGGAGAAAUGGCUGGAGCCUUUGUGGCAGUGUUUUUGCUAGCAAUGUUCUAUGAAGGACUCAAGAUAGCCCGAGAGAGCCUGCUGCGUAAGUCACAAGUCAGCAUUCGCUACAAUUCCAUGCCUGUCCCAGGACCAAAUGGAACCAUCCUCAUGGAGACACAUAAAACUGUUGGGCAGCAGAUGCUGAGCUUUCCUCACCUUCUACAAACAGUGCUGCACAUCAUCCAGGUGGUCAUAAGCUACUUCCUCAUGCUCAUCUUCAUGACCUACAACGGGUACCUCUGCAUUGCAGUAGCCGCAGGGGCCGGUACAGGAUACUUCCUCUUCAGUUGGAAGAAGGCAGUGGUAGUGGACAUCACAGAGCAUUGCCAUUGACGUCAAAUUCUAUGGCGUGGCCUUAUCGAUUGCAGUGGGAAGCUGUUCGAGACUUGAAGACGUGAUUCCUGCUCCAGUCAUCCCUUCUUGCUCCUCUUUAUGUGCACACACGUGCGUGCACUCACACGCACAAACACCCCUGCUCAACAGAGGUUUAGUUUACAAUCUCUGAGCUAGUUACUAAAGUAGUAACCUCCCAAAUUGUUUUUUCUAAUAAGCUGAGAUUCCCAUUUCUUGUAAGAAGCCACACAUGAGAUGUCAUUUCCUCCUCUAUUAUCUUAGAGCCAAGUAAUAUGUUCUUGUCUAGUUCAUGUAGCUUUCUUUUCAAUGACUUGAUCAUCUGCUUCCUUUUUUAAUUUUUAACAGAUAGUAAAUUUGGUGGUUUUUUUCCCUGGGUCAGUGAUGGAAAGGGGUUAACUUCAGCCAGGAUUAAUUGCCGUUGAGGGAAAUUCUUGCCCAACUAAACCCAGAACUCAAACAUAGCAUUAGAAAAUAAGGUCCAGGGCCAGGCGCAGUGGCUCAUGUCUGUAAUCCCAGCACUCUGGGAGGCCAAGGCAAGCUGGAUCACCUGAGGACAGGAAUUCAAGACCAGCCUGGCCAAUGUGGUGAAACUCUCUACUAAAAAUACAAAAUUGGCUGGGCAUAGUGGUGGGAGCCUGUAAUCCCAACUACUUGGGAGGCUGAGGCAGGAGAAUGGCUUGAUUCUAGGAAGUGGAGGUUGCAGUGAACCAAGAUGGCACCAUUGCACUCCAACUUAGGCAACAAGAGUAAAACUCCAUCUAAAAAAAAAAAAAAAGAGGUCCAGUUUUGGAUUCAGUGAGUGGGAAAUACACUGUGCCUUUCUCUAGAUAUGAUGCAUUACACCAAAAUCUUGUAGUGUGUGCAAAGGGGUGGUUUGACACUAAAUACAGACAUAGAGCUUGCAGAGUAUGUAUUCUCAGAUGGCUGACUCAUCCAUUUGCAUUCCCACUUAACACUUUGAUUAGCAUGAACUUGCCAAUCAAAAAAAUGACAAUUCGAGAAAACAGAAAUAGACAUUUUUAAAUAAAAUCAUUCACAAUUUGCUUUGACUUGAUAUCUUGGAUUGUCCCAGCUAAAGUGAAGCAAAAGAGUUUGAAUUAUUUUUCCCAUGUCUGCCUCUAAAAUAGUGAUUUUCAAGCUUUAGUGUGCCUCAGAAUCACCUGUAGGGCUUGUUAAAACACUAGUUGCUGGGCCUCAACCAAAAAUCCCCCAAACUGGCACUUCUGAGUUCCUGCUGAUGUUGCAGGGGACCACACUUUGAGAAUCUCUGCGUUAAGCUAAGGAAGUAAUUUCCUCGUGGGUUGGGCUGCUUGGUAUUGAGCAUGGAAAUUUGAAUCGCUGAUUGGUAGAUGGUGUGUCUGGACUUAACUCACGUAGUAAAUACUGCUGACCAAUACCUAACCAUUCCUUUUUUCACCUCCACCUUUGUGUAUGUGUACCCAGGCACACAUGGGUGAAGGGCUUUAGCCAAAGUAUUUUUACUAGCCUAUAUGAAGUCACUAGUCCUUAUUUUUAAAGGUCUGUGGUUUCUUGGAAGUAGUUUGAUUGUUGAGAGAGACCUUUGAUCUGCAGUGUAAAUCUAUGUCAUGGGCCAGAAGGGCAAAAGCCCAGCUUCCUCUUUGGAAAGACCUGGUUUGCUGAUGGUCAGAUUUCCCUCAGGCUCCAACAGCUGUGCUCAUACCAAGCCGAUCCUCAUUUUUCAUAUAACCAUAUAAUCUUUGUUAUUCGUGGGGGUUUAAUUACAUUACAAGUGGCCAGAACCCCUGUUCUCAAUGAAGAAUCACAUUGGAUUUUUAUUCUGUUCAGUUGUAGUCUACACUGCAGUCUUAUUCCCAGUCCAAACUACCUCUGUAAAUUGAUUUGUCUUGUGCUGGUUGUUAAAUCCUGCCCUCCUUUGUGCUAGAUCCAGUUGUGCCUCAGGGCAGAGGAAACAAAACAGAUAUUCUGUUGGCCUUUGUUGUGGUUUUGAAGUUUGUACUUUCUCCAUGGGUGCCAGUUAAACAUUGGCAAGCAAGAAAUGUGUACUUGUAUGGCUUUGAACCAAGAGAGGGUUAUAGCCUCUGGAUUGAGGUUAAAAUCCAAAAACCAACAUUUAGAGCCUUGUGCUUUUCUCUCAUUCCAGAGCUUUGUGUCUUUCUCUCAUCCUAUCCCCUUCUGAUGAUGAUACUUAGCAUGAGCAGAGUGAGUAACAGGUACUGACAAAGUCCAACACAAAGGUAUGAUACAGUCUGUUGUCUCGAGCUAAGAAGUCAUAAAACCAUGAGAAAUAAGAAUCAAUAGUAGUGACUCUGGUGCUCUCUAGAAAUCUCAGCAUGAACUGCUAUAGAAUACCCUCCCAGCAACAGAACCUUAUCAGUAAGGUAAAAGCAAGGCCAGCCAGACACAAUGGCUCAUGCCUGUAAUCCCAACACUUUGGGAGGCCAAGGCGGGAAAAUGGCUUGUGUCCCCAAGUUUGGAACCAGCCUGGGCUGGGCAACAUAAAAAAAAAAAAAUCUCUAUAAAAAAAAAAAAAAAUAGCUGGGUGUGGUGGUGCACACCUGUAGUCCUGACUACUUGGGAGGCUGAGGAGGAUGCUCUAGCCCAGGAGGUUGAGGCUGCACUCAGCCCAGGUGACAAAGCAAGAUCCUGUCCCAGCAAAAAAAGAAAAUUCAAGUCCAGUUAAGACAAAAUACUAUGACUUUGAAAUUCAUGGAAAGAAAUAUCAGUUUGGAUUAGGUCUUCAGGUAUUCAGGAUAAUCUCCUGAAAAACCUGAAUUUCAGAGAUUCUUAGACUAGCUGCCAAAGGAUGAAGCUACUGAAGGAGAAAAACAAAGCUCAGAGCUUAAAUUUCACCUUGAACUCUUGGAUUGUGAUAAUACAAUGAUUUCAUUAACUUUUCAUUUCAUAUACCUGCAUUUGGAAUUUAAUGCUUCACUUCCUUGUUCAUUUUGGAUCUAAACUUCUCUUCCUCCUUCUCCAUUCACAUCUAUUAGAAGACUGCAUCACCAUUUCUUUGGCCCCUUACUCUGCUGUCCUUUCCCUUUUCUUUCAGUUUUUAAUCUCAUAUGUCUAGUGUAUUAAAUCUCCCUAGCCCUCAUGCAGUAAACAAUGCUAUGCUGCGGAUAUAAAUACCAACCAGAAAUUGGUAUUUAUAAACCUGUUAGAGACUUUAAGUCUGCUUCAAGAGGCAGGUGCCCCACUGGAAUUUCUGUAAGACUGGUACCCUCCCCAGAGUUACAGAAUCUUAGGUGCUGUCUCUAGUCUGUGACGGAGGAACACCCGGCAUCCCUAUUGCCCACAAACGGAAUCCUCACUGUAUCCACCAGAUUAGAAAUUAAGGUUUCUUCACGACUUCUAUGGUAGGGUUGUCUGAAAUUCCCUUUCAGGCUGUGGGUACUGGUCUUGGGUUCUAGUUAUAAGGGGUUCCUUAUAAGGCGCAGGUGGAGCGGAGUACACUUUCAUGUCAUUUAAUUUUAAUCCUGCCCUCUCCAGCUGCUUCUUCGGUAGAUACAUCAAAAGAUACAAAGUGUGGGCCGGGUGCAGUAGCUCACACCUGUAUCCCAGCACUUUGGGAGGCUGAGGUGGGCGGAUCACCUGAGGUCAGGAGUUCGAGACCAGCCUGGCCAAUGCAGUGAAACCCCGUCUCUACUAAAACUACAAAAAAUUGGUCGGAUGUGGUGGUGCAUGCCUGUAAUCCCAGCUACUCGGGAGACUGAGGCAUGAGAAUUGCUUGAACCCAGGUGGUGGAGGGUGCAGUGAGCCAAGAUCGCACCAUUGCACCCCAGCCUGGGUGACAAGAGCAAAACUCUGUCUCAAAAAAAAAAAAGAUACAAAGUCUGCAUUUGAUAUAAUGCCUUAAUUACUGAGUCUACAAUUAAUAUUGACUGUUUUAGAUUGUAAGCUCCUGGAGAGCAGUAUUGCUGUAGUAGGAAUGUUUUAACAGUGUCAUAUGCAAAAGAACAAAAUAAAUAUUUUGAUUUUGUGAUUCUA